UCCUCUUCCAUCUCGUCUUCGGUUACCCUUCGUUCUUUUGUAGCCUCAAAUAUAAUUAGGGAAUUUUUAAUGUAAAAAUUCCGCAAGAAAUAAUAGUGGCUGAGAUUACUCCUGCGUCUCGCAAACUUUGGUUCUGGAGUUUUCGGUCUCACAACACAGAUCCACCAUUGCCGCCAAAAAUGAGUUCUCCGGCCAGUUGCUGGUGAGUUUGGUACAUGCUUGAUCACAAACUGUAUUGGUGCUUACUCCAUGACUUUCUCCAAAGGUUUUGGCGUCUACGGGUUCGUUUUGGUGAGGAUUCUGAAUAAAGGAAUUUUCUUUUAAGUUCUUAAGGAGAAGCGUCUCUGUCUCUCUGUUCUGUGAAUGUGUUGGAAUGCGUAUUCUGCUGAAACCUAACAAAGACGGAUCUCUAUCGAUCGCUGUUGUUUUUUUCUCUUUUGCAGUAGUGUUGGCUUAUCAGGUUUUAUUUACGUCUUCAACAACGGCUUUAUUAUUUGAUAUUGAAAGAAAAAAUGAAGGGAGAUUUUUGUUUUAUCCGUUGCUGCUUAGAGAGGAUUUGAAGCAGCGAUUGCUGCCAAGGUCUGGUGAUGGACACCUAUUCCUCCGGAGAAGACUUGAUUAUUAAGACGAGGAAGCCUUAUACAAUCACGAAGCAACGGGAGCGAUGGACAGAGGAGGAGCACAAUAGGUUUCUAGAAGCCCUAAAGCUCUAUGGACGAGCUUGGCAACGCAUAGAAGAACAUAUAGGAACAAAGACUGCUGUGCAGAUCAGAAGUCAUGCCCAAAAGUUCUUUUCUAAGCUGGAGAAGGAGGCUCAUUCCAAAGGAGUUCCCAUAGGUCAAGCUAUUGACAUUGACAUUCCUCCUCCGCGCCCCAAAAGAAAACCACUAAAUCCUUAUCCCAGGAAGACCUACACAACUGCUCCGACAUUGCAAAUUGGGACAGGGGAUGCAAAAAUUCCAACUCCAGUUUCUUCUAUGCGUUGUAAUCAAUUACUGGACUUGGAGAAAGACCCACUUUCUGAGAAACUUGAAGGAGAUCAGACUCCAACAAAUACAAAAGAAAAUCAGGAAGACAAUUGCUCAGAAGUUUUUACCCUACAACAAGAAGCUUACUUUUCCUCUGUUUCUUCAGCAAACAGAAACUCUAUAGCAACACCACCAGAGCUCAGAAACUCAUGCACUUUUAGGGAAUUUGUUCCUGUGCUGAAAGAGGUAGCAAAUCAGGAUGAAACAUAUGAAUCUGAUGUCACGGUUAAACUCAAGGGAAACAAAAAGAUUGAUAAACCUGAUGCCAAACAGGCAUUUCAGGAUAAUGACUCAAGUAAAGCAUUGACCUUGGAAAACUAUAGCCAAGCACAUUACAUGUCAGUUCAAGGCGAGAAAACAGAUUUUAAAGAUGCAUUGCAGACAGAUGAGAUGCAAGCUACACAUAACUACCCUGGGCAUGUUUCUGUGCACAUUCUAGAUGAGAACCUCAGAACAGGUGUUCAGUCUCUUUCACAUAUGCAAAUGCAAGAGUCCAUAUUUCACCCCCCGGGAGAAAUGCAUGGAAAUCCUAAUUUAUUCACAAAUUCAGCUGCAUCUGCGACUGCUGAACAUCAGACUAAUGUGGCAUCAUCAACUCUUCCAUCUUUUCCAACUUUUCAUCCUCCCUUUACAUCAAUUUGUCAAAAUCAAGAUGACUAUAGAUCAUUUCUCCACAUCUCCUCCACCUUUUCAAGUCUUGUUGUAUCUACUCUGUUACAAAACCCAGCAGCCCAUGCUGCAGCAAGCUUUGCAGCAACGUUUUGGCCCUAUGCAAGUGUAGGAAAUUCUGCAGACUCUCCUGCAUGUCCACAGGGAGGCUUUCCAUCUAGACAAACGAACCCUGCUCCAAGUAUGGCAGCUAUUGCUACCGCCACUGUUGCAGCUGCCACUGCAUGGUGGGCAGCCCAUGGACUGCUUCCCUUGUGUGCUCCUUUUCAUGCUGCUUUUACCUGCCCCCCAUCUACAACAGCAGUUCCGACAGUGGACUCUGGUCAAGUUCCAGCAGCCAAAACGGAGAGAAAAGAGAAUACUAAUCUGAAUCCUCCCUUGGAUAAUCAUCAAUUGGACCCAGAAUAUUCUGAGGCUUUGCAAGCUCAAUUUUCAGCCUCUAAAUCACCUGUCAUAUCAACAUCAGACUGUGAAGGGAGUGCAAGUGCAAAGCUUAACGCUGGAUCAAAAGCUGCUGAACAUGAGAAGGCUGCUGAAGAAAAUGUGCUUAACGAUUCAGACAAAACAAAGAACAGAAAACAGGUGGACCGCUCCUCGUGUGGUUCGAACACACCUUCUAGCAGUGAAGUUGAGACAGAUGCACUUGAAAAGCAUGAGAAAGGUAAAGAAGAAUCAAAAGAAGCUGAUCCAAACCAUCUGGCCACUGAUUGUAGUACUCGUCGCACUAGAAGCAGCAGCAACGUUAGUGAUUCAUGGAAGGAAGUGUCUGAAGAGGGGAGGCUGGCAUUUCAAGCACUCUUCUCCAGGGAGGUAUUGCCACAAAGCUUUUCACCUCCACAUGAUAUGAAGGACAUCCUGCUGAAGUAUAGCACAGAAGUAGAUAAGCAAAAUGGCAAAGAAGAUGGAGAAACAUCAACUUUAGAUCUAAACACCAAGACAAGGGGUUCAUGUUGUGGGGAACAAGAGGUGGAGAAUAUUGCAAUGUGUAGAGGGGAGAAGAAUGGGGAGGAGGGGCUGCUGACAAUCGGGAUUGGACACGGAAAGCUCAGGACUCACCGUACCGGUUUUAAACCAUACAAAAGAUGUUCAGUGGAUGCCAAGGAAAACAGACUAGUUAAUUCAAGCAACCAAGCGGAAGAGAAAGGGCCAAAGAGGAUACGCUUGGAAGGAGAGGCCUGAACUUAGAGGCUUGAUGUAGCAUGCAAUUAAGCAAAGCAAACUUUUGUUACUUUGCAUGUAUUUCUAAUUUUCCCCUCUAAUUUCCUUUGGUGUUUAAUAUCAGGUCAAGAAUACGAGAGUUUUUCGUGUAUGCGCGUGUACUAUAUUUCCUUUGCUACAUUGGCUAAUUUACUUUCUUGAACUCAUGUAACUGUGCUUAAAUCUUCUUUUAAAUACAGACUUAAGACAAGACUCGUCAAGUGUUAUUGAAUAGGUCUUGUUCUCAAAA